AUGACGGUGGAGAAGGAACAAGACGAGCCCGCCGCUCCACUCCGAACGGCGGCGAAAAAGAUCACCACUUACGCAGGUCGUGGCCGUCGGGCCAUGACGGAAGACUGUGAGUCGCAGAACUUUUCUUCGCCCAGUCGCAGGGACGAUGAGGACGAAGCGAAGCAGAAAGCGCCAAGCAGUCCGAUCUUGUCCUCGGUGCACACUCCGCUCUUCCCUUCGACGCGUCAGGCCAAACCGCUGCCGCGCAGGCCACAACCCAAGACGGCGUCUUCAGGAGCAGCUGCGCGCCAACCAGAGCAGCUCAUCCUGGACUUGGGACAGCGGAUCCGGAUUCGGUGCACCGAAUGCGAUAUGCAGUACGACACUUCUUCGGCAGAAGACUGUUCGCUGCAUGCCCGACACCACGAACGCACGGUCAAGGGUCUCGACUGGAGCGCGAAAGCUUUGGCGAUCUCGGGAGAGGUAGUGUCGCAAACGACGCUGUCACGACGUGUGCCGCGAGGCAAGUCGGUGUUGCUCUUCAAGCAGAGCAGUGCGACGGGCGAGAACAGCCAGAUGGAGCCAGUCACGAUUCGAUGCUACGACAUGUCGACGCUCAAGGACGCGGUCGCCUCGAGGAGGAUCAACGAGCUGCUGCAGACGGUGGACGAUGCGUUGGGUGCAGCUGCAGUCAACGUGUCCGAGAUCGAGGGAUGCAAAGUGCUGGUCGCGGUUUGUGCAGGUCGAGCCGCUGGAGCAGCUGUUGUGGGUCGCGUACCUGCAGGUCAAGCUCGAGAGGUGCUGCCCUCAGUCAGCAACAAGGAGAACGACGAAAUCGUCGUCAAUGACGGCGAGGCUCCCAAGCUGCCAUGCACAGUGUGGAACGACGCCGGCGACGCCAUCUUUGUCUCUGAUGCUCUGCCGGCUUCCAAAACACCACCGGUGGGAGUAUUUCGGAUUCAUGUCAUUCCGAGCUGGAGACGCACGGGUAUGGCAAGUGCUUUGCUGGAUGCAGCGGCAGACAACAGCGUCUAUGGAUUCGAUCUGAACGGUCUCGUCAAGACGUACGGAAGCCGAGCGAGGUCGGUCGCUUUCAGUCAGCCUACAGAAGCCGGAAGGAAAUUGGCAGAAGCAUGGAUUCGGACGGCUUCGACGGAGACGGCUCGCUUAGUGGUGUUUGAAGCUUGA